UGUUUCGGCUAUGACCUCUAGAUUUUUUGCGAGAUGGGGGAUAUCCAGUAUUAGCUCGUGCUUCGAUUUCAUUCAAGAAAUCGGACUUACCUUGCGGACGCUACGCGCCCUUACGUAAUCCUCAAGUUUGAAAUAACCGAUAUGGUGACGAUGUGGAUAUAAAAACGUUAAAGGGGAAGUUCGGUCAAAAAAAAUAAAUUUAUUUUAUUUUAUAAUUCCAUGUAUUUAUACUUAUAAAAACAAAAAAACUUUACUUCAUUAAACUUGGAGUUUCGGAAAUGUCUCUAAUGUUGACACAAACUUCUUGAAAAUGCUCCGUUUUUGAAAAAGCGCGUCAGAAAAAAAAGCUGGGUUCUAACUCAAGUAUGACGUUUUAUAGUUCAAAACAUUGCAUCGCGUGAAAGAGUCACAACACAGGCUACACAAUUUGCUAGAAGAAUCUACUUCUUUCCUGCUAUAUUUCUUUUCAAAUCUGUAACAAAUUACUUCUUUGAAAAUACAGUGUUAGUUUUGUAAGCAAUGGAUCAAAUUCGAAGCGAUUCAAAUUCUAACGAAGAUGAAAACGAUGACAUACCUGAUUUAUCCACUCUCAGACCCUUCAAUUUUGAACCAGAAUUUUCUUUGGAAGAACUGAAUAAAUUAGGAACGUGUAGUUCCGAGAGUGAUGAGGAAGAAGAUGAAGUUUCAAGGAUCGGCAAUAAUAACUGGUGCCAAUGCGGUGGUCACUGUAGAGCGAUGGAGUCGUACAGUGAAAGCUUGUGUUGCAGGGAUACAAAUGAAAUUCCUGACAAUCAUUUUGAAGGAAAACAAUGUAUAACUGAAGCCGAAACUUUUGGGAUGGUUUGUCUAUGCAAACCAGUACUAACCACUGCACUGUCUGCUCUAAAUAAUUUAAGGGGCGAUGCAAUGCACACGGAUAAUUGUUCACUACGUUUUGCCGGUUAUAAACAGUACACGUGGUGGAUACAUAACAGAUUGGGAAAAGGUGUGCGAAAAAUUAUACCGUCGUGUGCUUUAUGGGCAAUUCGUAAUAAAUAUCCAUCUGAAAAUGGUAUUUAUAUCCCAUUCACGGAGAGCAAAUCCGACGACAAACGACUGUAUGAAAACACGGAUUCCGAUUCUGAAGAAAAGAACCAACUUCAACCUUAGAGCUAAA